CACUGCCAUUGGAGUUAGAAUCCACCCAAUGCGUAGGAUAAUAGAGGGUGAUAGGGAAAAGGAAGAAGCUUUAUCAAGUUCGGCUACGCCAUUUUGCUCAUCAUUGCAAAGAUCAACUGUGUCCACUCCCCUGCGAAAAGCUAGAAGGAAACAGAGUGCGCUUCUAUAUUACAUCACUCUUCCAUUCCAUUGUGACCAUAUUCCCCCCGGUACUAUUUUUCACCAUUGACAUUCUCUUCCUCUACCCAAAAAAGAAAGAAAGAGAGAGCGACUGGAACUUUAGGAACCGGCUCCAUCUCUGAUAAAGCAAACUGGGAAAAAACAGAGCUUUUCUUUUUCGACAAAUGUAGCUCAAUUUUAUUCAUUAAAUCCUCAUUGCUCUGAGUUCAAAGCUUUUCGAGUCUCUUUACCCCACUCUUCAACAAUUUUCAGUUCGCUUCUUCUAUUGGCAACUUCCUUGAGAGGUUCAUUCGGUACUAGCAGCUCUCCAGCUCUGCUGUCAACCCAUGUCUUCGGAUAUAAGCUAGAACCCGUCUCGACCCCCUUAACUUUCUGCUCUUGUUCCUUGAAGAAUUGAGGAGCUUUCGUACACAUUCGAUGGAUAAUUGUGUUAUUUGUGUGCUUAAGGAUACUGCUGUUGUUGUUCUUAGUAUAGCGGUUUUGCUUCUCUUUUCGCUUGUCUGAAUCCGUCGAAGCUCCUGAAGCAGAAUUCGAAGCUUUGGGUAGCGCGACUUGUACUGGAAUUCGCACGUGUUGUGCGAGUGAUGGGUACGGAUCUUUUGCUAUUGCCAACAGUUGGACCGCCAUUAAAACGGCGAGCAGGGUUGAGAAGGAAGCAAGCUGGAAGAGGAUCUUACAGGGGAAGCUAGGUCACGGGGAUUGUGGGUAAUUAGCGUUUUGGUGUUUUCUUUUCUGUGGUGUCACUGAACGUCCAAUUUCUAGUGUCUGGGUGUAGAAAUCUUAGUAAGAUGGGUACCAACUUGCAGCAAGUACUCAGGAGCCUCUGUUUGAAUUCUGAGUGGAAGAUCUUGACUUGGGAGGAUGGUUACUAUGACAAUCCUGAUGAACAUGACUCCUUAGAGAAUAAGCCCAGCCAGCAGGCCUCAGAACGGGUUGAGGGUGGUCAUUUCUCGCAUGACCCUCUGGGGUUAGCUGUGGCAAAGAUGUCAUAUCGUGUAUAUACUUUAGGGGAAGGUAUUGUUGGACAGGUAGCUGUUACUGGAAAGCAUCGGUGGAUCUUUUCUGGUAAUCAAGUUGCAGGUUCUGGCUCAUCAUAUGAAUUUGUUGAUGACUGGCAACCCCAGUUUUCUGUUGGAAUCAAGACCAUUGCUGUUGUAGCUGUGGUCCCACUUGGAGUUGUUCAGCUUGGCUCAUUAAAUAAUGUGAUAGAAGAUGCGGAUAUUGUAACUCACAUCAGAAAUCUUUUUCUGCCUACUCAGCAUUACACAAUAGGCCAUACACUUAACCAAAUACAAUGUAGUGCAAAGAAUUUCUCGCCUCUGGAUGUGGAGAAAAUCAGAAAGAGUGAGACACUGAAUAAUUUGAUGUCCUCCCCAUUUUCUGACAACAACUUACCUUCCUGUGUUACUCAGGAAAUGGCUGUUGAUAUGGCCAAGCAUGGGGGUUCUGAAUUUAACUUUGAUGAAAGUGACAUCUUACUUCAGUCAAUGUCAAAUAUGAUGGAUCUGGAGAAUCAGAAAUUUUUAGAGAUCAGAUCUCUAAAUGAGAGAGGUUAUGCAGUGGGCACUAGUGGCUGCAAACACGUGAGGGUGGAAUCAGAAAAAAAUAUGCCAUCAUUGUCACAGAAUUCUGUUUCAAAUAUUAAUAGCUUCGAAGAUUUAAUAUCUCCACCAGAGAAGGUUGGAUCUCAUUCUGCUGGCAUCCCUGCAGGCUUUGUUGAUGCUAUUGUUCAUGGAAGUGAUAAGCUACCUUAUGUGGAGCCUAACCAACAAGGCGUCUCCAGUGUCUCUAGACCUUCAGAUGCAGACUUCCAAAAGGGCAGAUUAAAGUCAGAAUUUCAGACUAGUCCUUGUUACAAGGAUGUCCCAUUCACAAUGUUGAAGUUCCCUGCUGGCUGGGAGCUGCAUGAAGCACUUGGACCAGCUUUUUUGAGACGUAAUGAAUGCUGUGAUUGGGAUGCAUGGGUGAAUCAAGAUAUUAAAACUGCAGAGAUGCCAGAUGAGAUUAGCUGUAGCCAGUUGACUUCUGAGUCUCGUCAAGAACAUCUUUUGGAGGCAGUUGUAGCCAAUGUUCACCACAGUAAUAAUGACGCAAAUAGUGACUUAUCAUUUUGUUCAUCAGUGCAGUCUGGCGUAGCAUCUGGAACAAAUCCUGAAGCUGCUACUCAUACCAUGCGCACUAUUAAUUCAGAAUGUUAUUCUAUAGAUCAGUCCUCUCUGGACAAACAGCCCUGUUUGAGUUCAUCUGGAAUUCGUGGUGUAAUUUCCCCCAAAGGUUUUUCUUCUGCAUGUCAUAGUUCAUGUAAUGAACAGUUCGAAAGGUCUUCUGAACCAGCUAAGAACAAGAAGAGGGCUAGGGCAGGGGAAUCUUGUAGGCCUAGGCCAAGGGACAGACAACUGAUUCAAGAUCGUAUCAAGGAGUUGAGAGAGCUAGUGCCAAAUGGAGCAAAGUGCAGUAUUGAUUCGCUGCUGGAGCGCACAAUAAAGCACAUGCUCUUUUUGCAGAGCAUAACUAAGCAUGCUGACAAGCUAAACAAAUUUGCAGACUCCAAGACAAAGGUACAUCACAUGGAAGCAGAUGUUCUUGGAUCAUCUGGUUAUGAACAGGGUUCAAGUUGGGCAAUGGAAGUAGGGGGCCAUCUGAAAGUUCAUUCAAUAUUAGUGGAGAAUCUAAACAAGAAUGGGCAGAUGCUCAUUGAGAUGCUGUGUGAGGAGUGCACCCAUUUUCUUGAGAUAGCAGAAGCCAUAAGAAGCUUGGGCCUGACAAUUUUGACGGGUACGACAGAAGCUCAUGGUGAGAAGACAUGGAUUUGUUUUGUGGUUGAGGGCCAAAACAACAGAAAUGUACAUAGAUUAGAUAUAUUGUGGCCGCUCGUGCAAAUGCUGCAAUCCCAGAGUACCAUGCAUUCACAAUGAUUGGUCAAUUCUCGGGAAGCAUCUUCGCUCCUUCACUGACUGCUGUACCUCAUUCUUGAUCUAUGAAAUGAUGCUUGAAGUCUCUUGUAUUCAUCAAUCCCAGUUGCUCCGGCAGGGGAGGUCAAGGAACGGGAAAAUUACCUUGCAUUCGAUGGUUGCUAUUUAGGUAGAGGAUUGAGUGUGUUGAGAAUGCUAAAUGGUGUUUGUGUUGAUGUAUGAUUGGAAUGUUUUUUACAACUUGUUUAUAAGGUUUGAUAUUGAAAAUAACAGAAUUGCACGAGCCCGUGUUUCACGCUCGGAACUUUGGAAAUUUCUUUGGUAGGUUUAUCCUAAGCUGGUUCAGAACUUCUGAAGUAGCCGGAACUGCUGAGAAUGCAACCCAUAUUAUGAAACAAAACAACUGUACUAGUUCAACUGAUUACGUGCUUAGAUUCAAAGAUUGA